AAAACUAGUUUUCGUCCCGUUCUGGCCAGUGUGGUCCGCACGAGUGGGUACGAGCAAAAGCUACCUCUUCUACUCACUCUUCUUCUUCAUUCCUUUCCUCUUUCUUCUUCUUAACGUGCUUUUCAAAAUCCUCAGCUUCACGUUCCUUUUAAUGCCACUUCAUAAGCCCACACCUUCUUCAAACACCAUCCAAAAUCUCUAAGCUCUUUCUCUCUAUUUUCAUUCACACAACUCGCCGGAAAACUCUUCGCCGGCGGCGGCGAUGGCCGACUACUUUUCCAGCUCCGUCGAAUUCGGACUGAAUCUCUCCAAGCGAAUUUACUACGGCAAAGGAUCGGCUCCGUCGCCGGUGCCGGCGAUGUCGAAGUCGCCGGAGGGGUUCCUACCGUCGGCGCCGAUGUGUUAUGCGGUGAUAUCGGAUCCGGAGACAGUUGAGAACCCGGACAUUCGGAGUUACCAGCCUUACGUGCACGGCCGGUGCGAGCCUCCGGCGUUGAUACCGCUUCAGCUUCACGGAGUUGCCAUGGAAGUUGAGUGCUCUUUGGACACAGCGUUUGUAACGGUCACCGGAAAGUGGCGCGUUCAUUGCGUGACGGGAAGUAGUACGUGUGAAUGCCAAAUUGCUAUACCAAUGGGAGAGGAGGGUUCACUUCUAGGUCUAGAGGUUGAUGGUUAUGGAAGAUCUUAUCAUUCUGAAUUGAUCACUCUGAAAGAUGAAAAGGAUAAGGAAAAAGUGGCCAAAGCUAAAGACGGAUACUUUUUGAAAAGCCAAAUAUACACCGUUAAGAUUCCACAGUUUAAAGGGGGGUCCGUUUUCUCAAUUAAGAUCAAAUGGUCCCAGAAAAUAUUAUUUCAUGAUGGCCAGUUCUCUCUCUGUGUCCCUUUCAGCUUUCCUUCCUACGUCAUUCCUGCUGGAAGAAAAAUUUCUAAGAAAGAGAAGAUAUUUUUGAAAGUGAAUUCUGGUGCUGGAACGGAAGUGUUAUGCAAAACCACAAGUCACCCUCUUAAGGAAGUAAUGCGCCAAGCUGGCAAAUUGAGUUUAUCAUAUGAAGCGGAAGUGCCAACUUGGUCGAGUACAGACUUCAGCUUCUCGUACACUGUUGCUUCAAAUGACACAGUUGGUGGUGUUCUCCUGCAAUCUCCAUUCCUGCGUGAUUUUGAUGAAAGAGAGAUAUUUUGCUUGUAUCUUUACCCUGGAAACAGCCAGAGUAGAAAGGUUUAUAAAAAGGAUGUGGUGUUUUUAGUAGAUAUAAGUGCAAGCAUGAAAGGAAGUCCUCUUGAAAACACGAAGAACGCACUACUGACAUCACUCUCUCAGCUAAAUGCACAAGAUACAUUUAACAUCAUAGCUUUCAAUGGGGAGGUCAACUUAUUUUCGUCAUCUAUGGAAACUGCUACAAAGGAAGCAGUUUCAAAUGGUGCCAAGUGGGUUGAGACUAAUUUUAUUGCUAAUGGUGGUACUAACAUCAUGCUUCCCUUAAUUCAGGCAAUGAAGCUAGUUGGGAAAUCAACUGAUUCAGUCCCUCUUGUUUUUCUCGUUACUGAUGGGGCUGUCGAGGAUGAGAGAGAGAUAUGCAAUUUCGUGAAAAGCUAUGUCCCAGUUGGUCAAUCAGUUCGAACACCGCGCAUAUGUACUUUUGGCAUAGGUCUAUAUUGUAAUCACUAUUUCCUGCAAAUGCUAGCGCAAAUUGGGAGGGGUCACUGUGAUUCUGUUCAUGAUUUAGAUUCUAUUGACUUUAGAAUGCAAAGGCUAUUCCGUACUGCUUCAUCAGUCUUAGUUGCUGAUAUAACCGUUGAAGGUUUAGAAGAUCUUGAUUCACACGAGUUAUUCCCCCCUCAUAUACAAGACUUAUCAACUGAAUGCCCGUUGAUCAUAUCAGGCAGAUACAAUGGGACUUUUCCUGAAUUUGUUAAAGUUACUGGUACUUUGGCAGAUAUGACUAACUUCACAGUAGAUCUUAAAGUGAAAAGAGAAAAAGAUAUGCGACUCAGUAAUGUGCUUGCAAAGAGACAUAUAGACUUUUUCACUGCUCAAGCCUGGUUAUUAAAAAGUGAAGAGCUGGAGGAGAAGGUUUCUAAAAUGAGCAUUCAAAACAAAGUCCCGUCAGAGCAUACCUGCAUGAACAUGGUUCUUGUUCAGGGGGACGAAGGGAAGAAGGCACCUGAACCAUUGCUGUUACAAAAGGCAUACAGCAAACUUAGCCUCCAAAGGUUGGAGCUUAACGACCAGAAGUUAUUCCUUGGAGGGCUACGUCUUGGAUUUGGUGACUUUAAAGCAACAGCUGAGAACUUGCCACCAGCAAUAAAAGAAGCAAAGCCACCUGAAGGAAUAUUGGAGAAGGCUACUUCCAAUUGUUGUGGGCGAUUGGCUGGUACCUGUUGUGGCAUGUGUCUGCUACGAACUUGCACUUUUAUGAAUGACCAGUGCACCAUUGUUUGCACUCAACUUUGUGCUGCCCUGGCAUGUUUUGAGUUAAUCAAAUGUUGUGUUGAGCUUUGUGAGUGUGAUUGCUUGCAGUGAAAUUAUGUACUUAAGUUGAACAUAGAUAAUUUGUGUAGUAUUAACAAUGUGUAUAUUAUAUAAGCUCUUGUGCGAUAAUGUUUACAGC